AUGGCUCAGGAGCCACAUGCGCCCUUACGGAUUCUUCACUACCUUAGCCCCUUCGCCAUUGCCGUCUCCGCAACCCUCUUCUCCGCCCUGGCGGUAUGUUUCGUCCCUCCGUCAAACCGUCUCAUUCGCAAAAAGUCGAAACAAGCAGUGUCGAAAUGGCUCGCAUUGGUCUUGUGCUGCCUCUACAUUGCUGAAGGGCUCCUUUGCGUUCAACGAGCAUUCACAAAUCCUCGGUGGUCCGCCACCCGAGACUCUAUGGAACACAUCGCACUCUCCACGGUCGUGUGGAUAGUUGCUUUCAUCAUCCUCCGCGAAUCGGCAACAUUAUACUGGCCUUCCUGCUUAGGAUCGUGGGCUCUGGGUACAACCAUGGAGGUCGCUAUUUUUGCUCUGUUGUCCCGUUCUUGGUCAGGGCGAGACGACUUGGACAUUACUCGAAUGGCCCUUCAUGCAACCCGAAUAUUUUGUUUGGUUCUCCUCUGCCUAUCUGCGGUAUUUUCCUGGACCAAGAGACCGAGCAAUCUCGAUACGGAGAGCGAUCCCUUGUUGGGACCAGCUCCAACGUCGCCCUAUGAGUGUGUACAAUAUGGAAGCAUUCCAUCGGACACCAAAUUAAAUGAUGGGGUUAAUGACCAAGACGAUGAAGGCGAAAGCGCGAAAAAUAAACUAGCUGAGCAGCAGCUCCAGCGCCUUGAAGUACUUGGCGGCUGGUGGGCUUACUUGAAGCAAUUCCGUGUAUUUCUUCCACACACUAUCUCUCACAGUGAUUCCAGGAUGCAGUGUUAUGCUAUCGGUGUUCUGUUCUGUCUGCUCAUAGAACGAGUCGCAAACGUCCUCAGUCCACAUUACUUAGGUGUUAUUGUCGACAAAAUCAGUUCUUCUAAGGAAACCGGACAACUGCCUCUGAAAGAUAUCUUUUUCUUGAUCUUUGUCAUUAAAGUCCCUCACGAAACGAUUUUUGUUCCAAUUCGGGAUAUUCUCUCAACCCGGUUGUACUUUUGGUCAUACGGAAAAGUAUUGGUUUCAUCAUACUCCCACAUGUUGGGGCUAUUUUUGGAAUUUCAGGAGAACAAAGACACAAGAAAAGUCUUGAAAGGGGUCGAACAGGCGCAAACUUUGAAUCGUCUUGUAUACCAGCUCGCUAUGGACGUAAUUCCAGCCAUCGUCGAUGUGAUCGUGGCCAUUGGAUACCUUAGCUAUAUUUUCGACUUCCAACUGGGCACGAUAAUACUCGUCACCGGGAUAUGUUAUGUCAUUGUGACACACAAGUUCACGAUUACGGGUGCGCAGAGACAACGCCCAUAUAUUCGCACAGGACAAACCAGUAGAAAACUAAUGCACGAGUAUAUGUCGUUUUGGCAAUCGACUAUAUACUUCAACCAACAAGCGUAUGAGAAGAGUCGUUUACAGGCAACGGCUAAUUUGGAGACAUACUCGAUGGCCAAGUUGAACGAGCUUUCUCAGUUCAAGUACGUGGCUCAAUGCGCUGUAGUGGCUCUGGGAUAUGUCUCUAUCCUCUUACUUGGAGCGUAUCAGGUCACAAGCAAAGGGCAUCCAGUCGGCAAUAUGGCAACGCUUCUCUUCUACUGGAGUAUUCUUACGCGACCAAUUGCUUCUCUGGCGCAACGCUACAAGGAUAUGGUUGACUGGAUCACCGAUGGGGAAAGGCUCCUGCAACUCUGGUACAAGAGGCCUUGUAUAAACGACACUCCGGAUGCGCAGGCCCUCGAAGUUAAUGGGGGCAAAAUCGAAUACAAGGACGUGAAGUUUUCCUACGACAACAAUAACCAAAUCGUCAAUGGCAUCAGCUUCACCGCAGAGGCGGGAUCGACGGUUGUCAUUGUUGGAGAAACUAGAAGUGGAAAAUCGACAGCCUGUAACAAGCUUCUGCUUCGCCUUUAUGAUGUCUCCCAUGGUAGCAUACUCAUUGACGGUCAGGAUAUCCGAGACAUCACACAGUACAGUCUAAGAGAGGCCAUCGGUAUUGUCCCACAAGACCCGUCCUUCCCGAAUCAAACUAUUAUGGACAUCGUUCGGUACGCCCGCCUGGAAGCAUCCGACGCAGAGGUAUACGAGGCCUGCAAGGCCGCAGCAAUCCACGACAUGAUCAUGGGCUUUCCCAACCAAUACCAAUCAAAAGUCGGCGAACGCGGAGUAAAAGUCUCUAGUGACGGAAAGCAACGCUUAGCCAUUGCCCAACUCUUUUUAAAGAACCCUAAGAUUAUUGUGCUCGACGAGGUUACUUCUUCAAUGGACCCACCUACCGAAACCGAGACCCAGGAUUCCUUCGCUCAGCUCACCUCUGGACGAACUACCCUUUUAAUUGGACUUUGCCCCUCGACCGUUGUGGAUGCGGACUUAAUCCUUGUGCUGCACAAAGGAGAGAUCGUCGAGCGAGGCACUCAUAACGAACUUCUUCAAAACCGAGGGCAGUACUACCGGCUUUGGGCAAAGGAAAGUAAGAAACAAUUUCUCGAA